AUGGCCCUUGUGCCAGGGAGCAGUGAGGAUGGGCCUUGGCCUCGAGAUAGCCCAGGCUCUUCCCAGCAUGCAGAAAGUCCUAGACUGACCACCCGGCUUUGGAAGGACAGAGGAGAAAUUGACAGGGUUGAAGGUCACCAGGAUGUUCAGGUUACGUGUCCGCAGACCCGCCUCCCCUCCAUUGUGGUGGAAGCCUCUGAGGUGAGUGAAGAGAGUGGGGAGCUCCGGUGGCCACACCAGGAGCUGCUGCUGCUGACUGACGAUGAGGAAGAGGAGGUCGAGGUGUUCUUCCAGGACCAAAGUGAAGAACCAGGCUGGACUUGGAGCUCCCUGGACCCUAAGUCUCCCUUAAGAACCUUUAACCCAGAACUCAGCUGGGGGCAGGAACGGGUAGAUCAAGAUGCCUCCUGGAUCCCAGAGGACACAGACUGUCAGGAAGCCCCCAAUCCCUGUCCUCUCUGGGACGCACCAUCAAGCUCCCAUGUCUGCAGAAGCUGCUUUGUGGAAUAUUCCCAUUUCCUGCCUCCCAGGAGCUUUGAGGGAGCUGAAGAAGAAGCUGUUCAAGCGACGACGAGUGUUGAACCGGGAGCGGCGACUGAAGCAUCGGGUGGUCGGAGCUGUGAUAGACGAAGGACUGAUUACGCGGCACCACCUCAAGAAGCGGGCAUCCAGUGCACGUGCCAACAUUACUCUGUCUGGGAAGAAGCGCAGAAAACUCCUCCAGCAGAUCCGACUUGCCCAGAAAGAGAAAGCAGCCAUGGAAGUGGAAGCCCCUCCCAAGCCAACCAGGACUAGUGACCCACAGCCCAAAUCAAAAAAGAAGACAAAAGCCCCCCAGGAUGUAGAUAUGGAGGACCUUGAAGAUAAGAGCUCAAUCUGAAUCUCACACCCUUUCCACCGGAAGAUUCUCAAGCUGGAGCCAAGAGGACUCGAUGGUUAUUUCAGAUGAUUUUGGAGAAAGCAUUGCUCCUUUUCAUUCUCCCCGUAUUCCUCUUCCUUAAUGGCCUACUGACCUGCCCUGGAGGGAUGUAGAGAAAAAGAGAGUAGAAAAGAAAAAUUGGAGAGGGAGUCCUAACCAGUCAACUGCAUUUGUAAUAAAGGCCCCUCGAUCCCACUGA